CACGCCGGCGCGCCUCCAGCCUGCGGUCCCGCGGACUGCCUCCUCCAGGGGCAGGAUGGAGGCGCGCAACCCCCUUUCUAAUCCCCUUAGCCACUGCAGCGGGCCCGGGCACUUUUUUACCAGCUUGACCGCAGGCCUUGUGCAGGGGGCUGGAGAGGGGGAGGGGCGCCAGGUUUCUUUCUGCUAAGGGCACUUUGUAGCCGGCACCUCAGGUCUGCAGAUUUCCAAACCUCGCUCCGGCGCCUAGCACCUCAGGUUGUUCUGCCAGAUUGGAAACAAAGUUCUCUCCAGGGGCAGAGUUUCUAGGGGGUUAUGGGGAGGGCUCAUUCUUGUAUUCAGAGCAGUGCCAAAGGAGUUAAGGAGGGGCUGAGUGCCUGAAGCCCUGAGCUCAGCCCAGACAAGCUGUUAGAUUGCCCCUUUAACAUUAAUGUUUGCAAACUGACUUCUGGGUCUGGGAGGUGGUAGGACCUCCUGGUCCCUCCUUCCAAGGUGGCACCGACUCACUCCUUUCACUGGUAAAAUUCCCAGUAGGACAUUUGGCAAAAGGGUCAGGCAGAGAGCUGCCAACCGGGCCUGGCCCUGUUUCCUGGGCACCCAGGGUGCUGACUUAUCCCUACCCUGAUUUCCUCUCUCACCUUAGGGCCUCAAAUGAACACACCAGCCCUCCUGUCCCAUCUUCCUUGGGCGGGUUGGGACUCGUCUACCAAGCAGGGGAGGAAAAUAACAACAGAAUAACUGUAAAGGGGGGAAGGAAUGAGUAAUAAAGCUGACCCAGGCAGGGAGGAGGACUUUCAUGUUUAAGCGAUGCUAUUUGCUUUUUAGGUCACAGGCUGCAAAAACAGGCUUUGAUCCUAAGUGGGCGAAUAAUUUAUUGAGAAAGUUUGCAUGGUAGGGGAAAAAAGGAUGUUUGUUUGAUCUGGAGCCCUCUGAGUUAUCCCAAGUGCUGUUGGCUGUUGUUUUGAAUGGAAAAGCAUUUGGUUCCACAGCAAAUGCCUCUCAGAGGGAAGUCCUCGCCCCAGGCAGCAGGACUUAGAGUGAAUGUUGGUUUUGAACUGUUUGGCCAAGGGUCUCCCCAACACUUUUGGAGAUGAAUUGUUUAAGAACAGAGUUGUUUGGGCUCUGGAUGCAGCAAAUGUUUCCAGAAUGUUUUCCCAUCCAGCGUGCUUUUCCCUUCUCUAUAUUGCCUGGCUAAAUGGCUGGCGACACUGAUCCAAGAGCCCGUCAGAUAAUCUUUUUCACUUAGCUGUCAUUGACAGGUGAGGGAGGACUGCUGCUGCCCAGGUCCUAGAUGCACCUUAGGCCUUUGACACUAACUCCCACACUUUGAGGUUGUGGGCAGGGUGUUCUAAUUAUAACUGGCGUUUCUAUGAACAGGGAGGUAAGGUGUCUUACGCUUUUGACCCAGGUCAGAGACUUACACUCCAAGAGCACACGCCACAGGCUGUUUUGGGACCUUACAGUUCUUUAGGGUCUGCGAGAGGUCAGAGUUGAGGGGCGGGUACCUGUGGCUUGCCGUGUUCCCCAUGUAGGACCCUUACUAUGUGGCUUUAGUGCUUACAAUUACAGGUCUUAGUUCAAAGCUAAGGAACUGAGGAACUGGUUCUGGAGCCUCAUGUAGGCCUCCCAGCUUCCUCUCAGGCAACCCAGAGGAGAUGGAAAUACCCCCAGCCACAUUGGAAAUUGUAGGCCUGCACACACACUAAAACCCUCUGGGAUGGAGUCCCUUCUGGAUGGAGUCAGACAGCUAGGUUUGAGUCCUUGCCAGGCAGUUACCAGCUGUGAUGAGGCCCUCAGUUUUUUCCUCUUGCCAGUGGGAUUAUUAACAGGUCCUACCUCAUGGUAGGUGUGAUAAGUGAUAUAUGCUGCAUUAAAAAAGACCACGUCCAGGGCUGGGUAUGUAGUCCAGUGGUAGAGCACUUGCCUACCAUGGGCAAGGUCCUAAGUUCAAUCCCCAGCACUGCAAGAAGAAGAAAAAAAAGACUAAGCCCAAAGCUAGGCCUGUGGUAAGCACUCGAUUAGUAUUAGCCAUUCUUACUGUUAUUACUAGUGACCUGGGGAGGGUCUCAAUGCAGCUUUGACCUUUGAUCUCUCACCUUUAGGCUAGGCCAGAGAGCCAGCUCCCUUCUCUGAAGAAGAGAUCAGAAGGACCCAGCAGGUGCCAAUGGGAGCAAGUGGACCAAGCUUUGCCCUCUCUGAGAUGGAAGAGAAGAGGCGAAAAUACUCGGUCAGCAGCGACAACUCUGACACCACUGACAGUCACGCUACAUCUACAUCAGCAUCAAGAUGCUCCAAACUGCCCAGCAGCUCCAAGUCGGGCUGGCCCCGGCAGAACGAAAAGAAGCCCUCAGAGGUUUUCCGGACAGAUUUGAUCACAGCCAUGAAGAUCCCAGAUUCCUACCAGCUCAGCCCUGAUGACUACUACAUCCUGGCAGACCCAUGGCGACAGGAAUGGGAGAAAGGUGUGCAGGUGCCUGCUGGGGCAGAGGCCAUUCCAGAGCCUGUGGUGAGGAUCCUCCCACCGCUGGAAGGCCCUCCUACACAGGUGUCUCCAAACAGCCCUGCACUUGGUGAGGGCUCCCAGCCUGACUGGCCAGGGGGCAGCCGCUAUGACCUGGACGAGAUUGACGCCUAUUGGCUAGAACUUCUCAACUCGGAGCUCAAGGAGAUGGAGAGGCCCGAGCUGGAUGAACUGACAUUAGAGCGAGUGCUGGAGGAGCUGGAGACUUUGUGCCACCAGAACAUGACACGGGCCAUCGAAACACAGGAGGGACUGGGCAUUGAGUACGAUGAGGACGUUGUCUGUGAUGUGUGCCGCUCCCCUGAGGGUGAGGAUGGGAACGAGAUGGUCUUCUGUGACAAGUGCAACGUCUGUGUGCACCAGGCAUGUUAUGGGAUCCUCAAGGUACCUACGGGCAGCUGGCUGUGCCGGACAUGUGCCCUGGGAGUCCAGCCAAAGUGCCUGCUCUGCCCCAAGCGAGGAGGAGCCUUGAAGCCCACCAGAAGUGGGACCAAGUGGGUGCACGUCAGCUGCGCCCUGUGGAUUCCUGAGGUCAGCAUCGGCUGUCCAGAGAAGAUGGAGCCCAUCACCAAGAUCUCACAUAUUCCGGCUAGCCGCUGGGCCCUGUCCUGCAGCCUCUGCAAGGAGUGCACAGGUACCUGCAUCCAGUGCUCGAUGCCUUCCUGCGUCACAGCUUUUCAUGUCACGUGCGCCUUUGACCAUGGCUUGGAAAUGCGGACUAUAUUAGCAGACAAUGAUGAGGUCAAGUUCAAGUCAUUCUGCCAAGAACAUAGUGACGGGGGCCCACGGGGAGAGUCUACAUCUGAGCCCGUGGAGCCCAGCCAGGCUGGUGAGGACCUGGAAAAGGUGACUUUACGCAAGCAGCGGCUGCAACAGUUAGAGGAAGACUUCUACGAGCUGGUGGAGCCAGCCGAGGUGGCCGAGCGGCUGGACCUGGCCGAGGCGCUGGUUGAUUUCAUCUACCAGUACUGGAAGCUAAAGAGGAAAGCCAAUGCCAACCAGCCGCUAUUGACGCCCAAGACAGACGAGGUGGACAACCUGGCCCAGCAGGAGCAAGAUGUCCUGUAUCGCCGCCUGAAGCUCUUCACGCACCUGCGACAGGACCUGGAGAGGGUUAGAAAUCUGUGCUACAUGGUUACAAGGCGUGAGAGAACGAAACAUGCCAUCUGCAAACUCCAGGAGCAGAUAUUCCACCUGCAGAUGAAACUCAUUGAACAGGAUCUCUGUCGAGAGCGUUCUGGGAGGAGAGCAAAGGGCAAGAAGAGUGACUCAAAGAGGAAAGGCCGAGAAGGCCCCAAGGGCAGCAGCCCCGAGAAGAAAGAGAAAGUGAAGGCUGGGUCUGACUCAGUCCUGGGGCAGCUGGGCCUGUCCACCUCAUUCCCCAUCGAUGGCACCUUCUUCAACAGCUGGCUGGCACAGUCAGUGCAGAUCACAGCAGAAGACAUGGCCAUGAGUGAGUGGUCAUUGAACAAUGGGCACCGUGAAGACCCUGCCCCUGGACUGCUGUCGGAGGAGCUGCUACAGGACGAGGAGACGCUGCUCAGUUUUAUGCGGGACCCCUCGCUGCGACCUGGAGACCCUGCCAGGAAAGCCCGAGGCCGCACCCGCCUGCCUGCCAAGAAGAAACCCCCACCACUGCAGGAUGGGCCCGGUUCACGGACAACUCCAGACAAGCCCCCCAAGAAGCCCUGGGGCCAGGAUGCAGGCAAUGGCAAGGCAGGGCAAGGGCCACCGACUAGGAAGCCACCACGGCGGACAUCUUCUCACUUGCCGUCCAGCCCUACAGCUGGGGACUGUCCUGUCCCAGCAGCCCCAGAAAGCCCCCCACUGCUAGUCCCCGAGACCCCGGACGAGGCAACCCCAAUGGCUGCUGAUACGAAUGUCCAAGUGCCUGGCCCUACGGUGAGCCCUAAGCCCUUGGGCCGGCUCCGGCCACCCCGAGAAAGCAAGGUCACCCGGAGAUCACCGGGUGCCAGGCCUGAUGCUGGGACAGGACUGCCUUCUGCUGUGGCCGAGAAGCCAAAAGUCAGCCUGCACUUUGACACUGAGGCUGAUGGCUACUUCUCUGAUGAGGAAAUGAGUGACUCAGAUGUAGAGACAGAGGACAGCGGGGUUCAGCGUGGUUCCAGGGAGACAGGGGCUGAGGAAGUGGUCCGCAUGGGGGUACUUGCCUCUUAACUCAAUCCCUACCCCUAUCCUGGGCCCUGCCCUUGUUCCCCACAAGGCCUCAGCCUAGUUACAACUGCCAUUUCCAACUGCUGAGUGUCCUAGACCCUUGAGGCUGCCACUCUGUUGUGGUUUUAUUUUUAAUAUAGAAAGAGUUUUGAAUUCCACACUGUUGUCUUUCCUCUGUGCUGGCCUAGGACGUUAGGAUUCCUUCCACAGCUCUGGCCACAGGGACCGGGCCAGGUCCUGUGCGCCACCCCUGUCCCAGCCCACACGGCAUUGCUGGGCUUCUGGUUAGAUGUAGGCAAGGUGAAGAAGAGCUCAGGACUCCUGCCCGCUGCCACUGGGUGACACAGACUGUAGUUUGGGCAUUAUUAUGGCAGAUGGGCCUGCCCAGGGCCUGCCCCGCCUUGCCCCCAAAUUGCACUGGGGCCCAUUUGGGGGGUCCUGCUGUACUCCACUGAUCCCCAAGGAAGUAUAAAGCGAUACCCAGCCAGAGUCUACUCACUGUCACAAGCACAACGAGUUUAUAUGAGAAAGCACUGAGGGGGUGCAGGGGGAACCACUGGUUCCUGACCAACCCACAUCAUCUAAGGCCUGCCCGCCCACCCCACCACUCCCCCUCCCUUGCUGCUCUGCCCCUGCCAGCGCCCAGCCCAGCGGCUCUGGGAAGGGAUUCGUAGAAUCCUUCUUGAGCUGUUCUAUUUACUCAGGGGACUCCCAAACAGCCAGCCACCAGUGUGGGUGGAGGGCUCCAAGGGAGGGCCAGUGCCCAGCCAGGGGCAUGGGGCUCAGACCAGCCACUGCAUAGAAUUACUCUGGGGCUCCAACUUCCUUCCUUCCUUCCUUCGGGGCCAGUCUCUGCUGAAGUCGGGUCACUCCUACACGGAGCUGGCCAGACCAGACCGUUUGCCUUUUCAAGUUUCCUAGUCCUGCUAAGAGAUGAGCUUCUUCCUCAGUUUCCUUUUGGAAACGCCUCCUUCCAACAGCAGUGGGAUCCCGGGGCCCAGGGUGGGCCAGUGUUGAAGUCUUGCUGGAUGUUCCUGUGUUCUUCCUUCCCUUUACGCCUUAACCCCUUUCCUCCACCCCACCUUCCCCCCCAUCCCCUUUUUUCCCACCUCCCUAUCCUACCCUGCAGGUCCCAGGUAGUUGCUCUGAAGAGUUUCAGUGGAGUGGCCCCAGGGUGAUAGCUCAGGGAACAAAUAAAAAAGGAAUUCCGUGAAACAUUUUUUUUUUCUUUUAUGAAUUGCUCCUGGGUCACUUCCACCACUGGUUAAGCCAGAACUUCUCCAACCAGAACCUUGCAAAAGUCCAGUGAAUCAGUCGAAUCAUUCUAUGGAUGCCAAAGAAUAUUUUGACCAUAAUACAGCACAGCCUGGACCUGACAACUUGUCACUUGGACUUCUUUUAAAUGGAGUUCUUUAGCAACAAAGUACAGAAACGGUCAUUGCGCACACCCAUGGAGGAGAGCCCAAGGCCUUGGAGGGGGAGGCUUUGCUGCUGCUGCUGUUGGAUUUCAGAACCUGGGCUGGGCCACUGUGAGUGUUCCUAAACUCUGAGACCCCCUGCGAGGGGAAAUCCUGACUGUGAAACCAUCGUGGAAACCGUCUUUACCACGUGGUCCCCCCUCCCCCCACACACACACGUGGGAAUACACAAAGAGCAAAUAAGCGGUAUGGGGAAAGACUUGACCUCCCACUCCGACUCCAAAACUAUCAAGGUACGACAGUGGCGUUGUCAUCGACACUCAAUUUCAUGUGAGUUUUAACAAAAUCAGAAACAAAGAUAAUGACUUAAGUUCAGAGGAUCAGACAAAUUUGUCUAAUCCAAGUGGACUCUUGAGGGUAUGGGGUGAGCUCCAAGGAUCUGGGCGUUAGGAUGGCAUGAGUACCACGUAGACUUAGUCUGCCUGCCCGCCUUGGUAGUAGUGACAGCACAGUGUCAGCAUCAGCGUCCCCCACCCCAGUCUCUUGUUUACUGCCUUUGAACAGACCUUCCUUCCCCGUGCUUCGGGUCACUUUAGGUCACAACCUUAUCUGCUGGAUUUCUUGUUCUGACCCUGCAGUGGGCAAAGGGGUAAGCUUAAAGAACAACCAAACUCUGCCAGGUGUGGGGUUGCCAGCAAGGCUCGAGGGUCAGUGGUCUUGCCCUGACCCGUUCCUGGCACUCUGGGGUGGAGGCUGGGCUCUGGGUGGAGAUUAAGGGGUAAGUGCAGGGGAAUCUGAUCUCUUGCCGGGGGCUGGCUGAGCUCCACAGUCACAGCCUGGACUGGGCGGGCAGAUGGGCGCUGGCAAGUUUCACUAAGUUUCUGCUUACACUGGCCAUUGGAUUUUGGCCCCUCUUCUCUGUUGGCUGUUGCUUUGGACUAACUAUCCCUAGGGCCCGUGUCCUGUAGAGGCCUGAUGUCUGUUAGGCCAGCUGGCUGGUGGGCCCCUUCACUCCCAGGCCAGGCCCUAGGCCAGUCUUCAUCAGGCAGCUGUCUCCACCUGCAGGAUGUCUGCCAGGCCUCCAGGGAGGACAGGGUUCCAAUCUCCUUCCUCCCAGUCCCCAGCAGCCCCCAGCCUUUCCCCAUUAGCUACAGACCCUGUCCCCUGUGCUCUUUCCAGCUCACUGUCCACAGUGUAGAGGGCUUUGCUGCCCCACGACCACAGCAGAUCUUCCCUUUGCCCACAUUCCCUACCUCUCCUUACAGGGAGGCGGCAUCUGCUCUGUCACUCAUUCUGGCUAUUGUCCCCCAUUCUCACCAGUCCUAGCCACCUUCCACCUCCUUCCCUCUCAUCACAUGACAAAGGAUAAUGUGCAAGGAAAGUAUUUUUAUGUAUCAUAAAUGUAUUUUGAAACAAGGAGAAGAAAGGUAGAGUGCUCAUUUAUUUUGUUAAGUGAGCUCUGACUUUGUGUGUGAGCCUCUGCAAUGUAAGGACCUCAGCUUCCUUGGAGAAACCACCCAGGGUUACCAGGCAUAGGCGCUGGACUGUGUGUGCACCAUGGCACAUCUUUUAUGUCCGUGUGCACACACGUCAUUGUGCACUGUGUAUGGGCACACUGGAAUUCAGCUGCCCAGUUCUGCCAAACAGUGAUGGGCAGCAGCUGGACCUGGCCUCUCUUACUCACUGCCAGAUGUAGCCAACCUCUGCCCAUGCCUGAAGCUCUGCAGAACAAUCUGGAUCCCUAUAGCAAGGCCCUCUGGGAGACCACUGUCUCAUGCCAUUGGCCCGCUGGCCACAUUGGCUAAGGAGCCAGGGCUGGAGUCUGGGACCUUUGGUUGUUCUUUAAGGCACUUCCUGCCGCCUUCUCCCUCAGAUGCACAAACACUGUGCUCCAAAUCGUCAUGGGGUGGCGGUGGGAGGGAUGGUAUGAAUGUCACAGGAGGAGACACCUUCUGUCUUUGUUUCAAAGAAAGUGAUGUGCCAUUUGUUAAUAUACAAGAGAAAUAUUGAAAAUAUAUUGAAAAGAGCAAUUUUAAAUUAUUUUUGGCUUAUGUUGCAAUAUUUAUUUUCUUGUAUUAGAAAAGAAUUCCUUUGUAGAGAAAAAAAUGUAUUUUUCAUUACCGCAAAGACCUAUUUCUCCUUUUUGUACAUUGUCUGUGUUCGCAACCCUAAACGAGCAAUAGAUUGUAUGGUCACCUCCAUGUGGCCAGUGCCUGCCGUGCCCUGCAUGAUUCUGUGUUGCCGCUCGCUGCAUAGCUCGCAGCCCCAUCCUGUCCUGCUCACUCACUGGGGCUUCCAGACCCCGGCCCCUGCCAACCAGGGCCUGUGUCUACGGAGCCCUCUACACUCCUCGUGUGCUGGCAAACGCAGUUAAUAAAGCAGUGUUUUCUGUGC